AUCAAAAUAAUUAUGUCAUGGAUUUAAAGAAAUAUUAUUUAAACAUUUCUAUGAAAUCAAUUUAAAGAAAUAUUUUGGUUCAUACUGUUUAAUAUAAAUGUGUUUUCUCCAUUGAUAAAAUAACGAAGAUAUGGGCAUCAGGCAGUACACAGGUAGUUGUCUCAUCACCAGUCCCAAUUUUACUCUAUUAUUUAUAUUGUUUUUUAUUGAUUAUAAUGUUUUUUUAUUUUAAAUAAUGUUUUAUUUAUUGCAUGUUAGCCUGUAAUGUUUUAUCUGUUUACUAAUUAAUAUUCUAUCUAUUUUAUUUUGAUUUACUGUUAUAUUUGCGGGCUAUUCGGAAAGUAACACGUUUCGAAAUAAAAUAUUAACCAGCUGUGAAGUUGGCAUAUCUUAUAAUAUACAUUUAAAAGGUACACUCUUAGGUUAUUUUUUAAAAUGUUAUUAUUAUAUUAUUUUUAUUUUACACCUCGUUUCUUAAGCUCAAGUAAAUAUUUUGAAGUCAUAAAAUCUACAUUUUGGUUAUGAAACCUGAAUAGUUGUUUACAAUUGCUUCUUUGCCUAUGCUCAUUAUAGGUUUUUCUGCUGCAAACACCGCCUUACUGAUAUAUUUUAUCUAUAUACAUAAAAAGUCAGCUUACUUACAUCAUUUAUAUUUCAAGAAUGGCUAUAUCAAUUGCAAUAAUCUCUGAUUUGUUGGAUUCAUCUUCGCCUAGAAUUGCAUAAUAACUAUUAAAAUAUCAAGUUGACGGGAAGAAAUUAUUAAGAUAGCAAAAGAAGAUUUUUAUAUAAUAAUAUAGAUUGAAAGAGCCUGGUAAAUGUAGUAAACUGUUCUCUCUAAACAAUAUUUUAUGACAACACACUAUGUGAUUAAUAAUUUAACUUCUAUUUUCAAUAGUUUAUAUUUGUAGUGGUGAAGACAUAAAAUAAAUUUGAUAGUAACACGUCUUAUUCGAACCUUUACUGCAACCACUGUUGCGUAAGAAAAUACAGAGAUGAGAAAGUUAAAAGUUUUAAUAAAAAUAUACUGUAACAUAUAUAUUGUACUGUACGCUUCAGUAAAUAUAAAGCACUGAAGCAAUGCCAGGGCUUUUAUAUGCCUGACUCAAGGUUAGAAAGGGGACAUGCUCAAAUUGGUGGGUCGAAGUUGACCAGUGAUCACAAUUGUCCUCACACGGUAAAUGUAUAGAUUUAUUUUAACCUUUUCUUGUACGUCUUCUGUACUCAAGAAGAUACAAACUGAGUUCAAGUAGCAGAAGGUGCUGUAAUCCUUUUGUUUUAAGGACAUUAUCCCAGACAUGUGCAUACACUCGUAAGAAUAUACGUGUAUAGCUAUGUUGAAAAUUUCAAGACUCUACGUCUUCAUAAAAUUAGAUUGAUAAUAUAUAUUUACUUAAGCCACAGUCAAGAAAGUGAGUUAGUAAAAACUUUUGGCUGUAAUGCAAAAUGAAGUGUAAGAGUUACCUUCUUGUGUCCAAAGCGUUUGGUUCAAUUCAAAAUUAGAGAAAUGGCCCAAUGUCGGACUAAUUGUUAUUAUAUUAUAUUGUUUUAUGACAGCACGUUUAUAUGUUUAACCCUUUCCACUCAGUAGACGGAUAUAUUAGAAUGGUAGACUUUGAUCAAAACGCCAAAUAAAGUUAUAUCCGAUAUUAUAGAUAAUUGGAGAGUUUUAUAGUUCAUAAAAGGCAAUUCAAAUGGCCUCUACACGCACCAUGCCUAUCGCAGUAGCCAAGGAAGUAUUUAUAAAUGACCUUCACUCUGCGGCAUGGGGAGGAAAGGGCUUUGUUUAAAUCCGACCACCUGCUCGUCAGUUCUGCGUCUCCUACAGAACCAUAGCCAAAAAUCCGUGGCAUGUAUUUACUGCUUUCUCGGUUAUCACAAACACAGUUUUAGUUUAAUUUCAUUUUACAAUGAAAUAAAAUUUAUUUUAAAUAAACAGUUUUGCAAAUAGUUCUGUUUUAUUUUUAUAAAUAAAUAUACUAAUUUUACAUAAUAGUUUUAACAAAAUACCCUGUUUUAUACUUUUUUUGCUUUUACCUUUUAUAAUUUAGUUACAAUAAAAAGUAGCUCUGAAUUUAGACAUGUUUUACUCGUCUUGUCGUUAUAGAAAAGUUAAUGGAUUUCUUAGUGGCUUGCAAAGGGUUAAUUAAUUUUGCCACUUUUUUCAAUUUGUUUAUAUUUAUUUAUAGCCUUGAAGACAUAUAGUAAUUUUGACAGUAACAACACUUCUUAUUUGAAUAUUUUCUGUAACUACUGUUGAGAUAAGUAAAUUAAAGAUUUAAUAAAAAAUAAUGUAAUGUAUAUAUUUUACUGUACGUUUUAGCAAAUAUUAAGGAUGCAGUGCUUGUUCAGUAUUGUAAUGCAGAUAUCAAAGAUAAAGUUACUAUCUCAUAUGUACUAUAAAUUGAAAGUCUGUUACAAAAAGACAUGUUGUCAGGGUAUCCAGAAUGGACACUAGAAAAGGAUCCAUUAUCUGCUGUCUGGCGUGGAUGUCCCGGAGAAGGUGGCCAGCUGCCAGCCAGACUUUGUGACUGUCGACCAGACGUACAACAUUGUGAGGGUUGUCAACGUCACGGGUCCAUACCAGAACGGCUGGCAGUCGGAGAUGACGGCACUGCGUCUCCGAGGCCAUCUAGUAGAUCUGGGAUAUCUACGUUGGAAUACAUGGGCAUCAGGCAGUACGCAGGAUGUCCAGAAUGGAGAUCCAUGGACACUGGAUGAAGGAGUGGCUAAACAAGAGGAUGAGUGGAUACUGUUCCAUGAUAUGCUGUCUGGUGUGGAUGUCCCGGAGGAGGUGGCCAUCUGCUGGCCAGACUUUGUGAGGGUUGACGUCAUGGGUCCAUGUGAGGACGGCGUGACUGUUGACCGGACCAACAAGCACCAAACCCUUCCCUCAAGGAAUAUGUGCAUUUACAGAGUAUGCAAAAUCUCGACAAACAACUGGGGAGAAAUGUGAAACAAUUUUCUAUGUAUAUACGAGAUAAAAUUAUGUAGAAAAAUAGUGAUUGAUAUCAGGAAUCAAAUAAAACAAGUUAAAACAAA